ACAUGUCGGGACCCGAGAGAGCCGCACGGUGGUCCGAUUCGUGCUAUUCUGCAGCGUUCGUGCAAUACAAACAUAGAAUGGGCCCAGGCACAUACACCGUCUUUUCUGUGUGAGAUGCUGAUUUCUGGCACUGACAACCAUUCAGCGCUGUCGGUCCCGCAUUGUAGGCUGUAGAGCUUAAACCUUGGUCUACAUAGCUGACACACCCGGAACAACGAAAAGGUCAUCAUGUUGAGCAAAGCUUCAUCCGUCGGUGUCGAACAGAAUUCCACACCUCGAAAUCUUUGUGACAUGGCAUUGCGGUUUGUUGCUGGUACGAUCGGCUUUUCCCACGCCGAUGGUCGCCGCAGAAGGGUUGAGCAUACGUCCUUUACCUCGGGCUGUGACAGGGAGCAGUGGCAUAACCGUAGCUAGUCAGCAGCAUUGUGGGGC